CCUAAUACAACACCCUAGCACUCCCCACAGUGCCGCUGAAGCAAGGCCAUGUGCUGCUGAACAACGCACACCCCACACAGCGGCUGACUCUACCCCUCGUCCGGGCUAGGCAUGUCGGCAAACGAACUGGCGGACGUGAGCAGCAACAGCUCCCAGCAAGAGAGCGACAGCGAGGCCGUGACGCGGAUCCCUGAUGACGAGGGCCUGGAUGAGUGCCGGCCCAGCCUGGACCUGCCCUCCCUGGCGGGCGGCUCCAAGGGCACCGGCCCACGCCUCUUUUGCGGCCACGUGCCAAAGGAGGUGAACGACGAGAUGGUGCGGCAGCACUUCAGCGCGUGGGGCACCGUGAACGACGUCUACUUCCCGCGCCACAAGAAGACUCUCAAGCGCCGCCCCUUCUGCUUCGUCACCUUUGCCAACAAGGAGGACGCGGAGCGCGCGCUGUCGCAGAGCGGGCUGGAGAUUGGCGGCGUGGCCAUCAAGAACCUGACCAUGGUGGAGGACAGGGACAAGUAUUACACCAACAAGCACGCGUCGGCGCGGCAGGCGCUGCUGCAGGCGCUCAAGCAGUUGGGGCCCUCCACCACGGCACCCAGCAGCGCCAGCCAUGCCGCGAUGCCGCCCGCCGCCGCCACUGGCGCCGUCACCUCCGAGCAGCUGAGCAACCUGGCCGCCAUCAUGGCGCUGGAGGGCGUGCAUUCGGACGUGGUGCUGCAGACGCUGGGCCUGCCCACAACCGCCGAGGCCGCCGCCGCCGCCGCCGCCUCGGGUGCCGCCCCGGCGUCCUCGGCGCCCAUGCCCGGCCUGACGGCCAGCGCGCUGGCCAGCCUGGACAGCGCCACGCUGAACAGCCAGCUGCUGCACGCGCUGGCCAGCCCCUCGCUGAGCAGCCAGACGGCGUUUGACAUGCGCGGCAGCUUUGACCUGUCCACCGCCAUGCGCUCCACCGGCAACUCCAUGGACCUCUCCUCCCUGCAGCACAGCCUGGCGGCGGCCGCGGCGGGCCUGCCCAUGGAUGCAGGCUCCGUGGCGGGGCGCAUGCACACCGCAGACAGCCGCAGCACGCUGGCCUCGGCCGACUGGUCGCGCGGCCCCAGCGCCCGCACCUCCAUGGACACGAGCGUGCUGCUGCCCGCCACCACCGCCGGCUUCCUGGCCCCCGCCGCGCCGCUGGGCCCCGCGGGCGGCCUGGGCGGCAUGCAGGCGCGGCUGUCACUGGACGCCGCGCUGCAGCUGCAGCACGCGCAGCAGCAGCAGGCGGCGCACCAGGCGAUGCUGGCCAGCCACUCGCGCAUGUCCUCCUCGGCCUACCCGCUGCCGCCCAUGGCCCCCCAGGCCAACAUGGCAUCCGUCAUGCACAGCGGCUUCUACCAGCCCCAGGCGGCGCCGCCACCGCAGCCGCAGCCGCCGCAGCCCGAGAUGCAGCACAGCCUGCAGACUGUGCUCUCGUCUGGGCUGUACGGCGGCGGCGGCGCCCCCGCCGUGCCGGCCCCAACCCGACACUCCAUGCACGAGUUUGGCGGCAGCGGCCUGCUGCCCUUCAAUGACGCCACCUGGGCGCCCCAGCUGUCCCAGCAGCAGCAGCACCACCAGCACCAGCUGGGUGGCUACAGCACUGUGCUCCGCCCCUCCAUCGACCGCGCGGGACUUCCGCCCCUGCCGCCGCGCAGCCCCAACCAAGACACCCUGGGCCGCCAGGCCAACAGCGGCUCACCCGACUCCCUGAUGGGGCUCCCCGCCAGCGGGUGGCCCAUCACGAGCCGGGUGACUGCGUAA